UCAAUUCUGCAAGUAGUUCUAAUUUACUAUCGCUGUUCUCUAGCUGAUCUAAAACUGCUUUUGACCUAAAGGGACGCUUUUUGGACGCCAUGGACAUUUCUCAGUUUCCAAGCAGAAAGAACAGUAAAAAUGCAGGCAGGGCACAGGACAAAGCACUCAGGACAAAAUGUAUGUGAAAUGGUUGGAUACAGUAAUGUUAUACUAUCAGAUUUUAAUUGAAAUUUUUGAAAUUCCCGCUGGUUCGGCCCCCCCCGUACGUCCCGGUGCUCACAGGGAAUGGAAGACGGAUGCCGGGAUCGGCCGGAGGAGAUGGCCGGGGAGUUUGCAGGGGAAC